AUGUUUAAAACAAAAAUGAUAGAAAAUGAAAAAUCACUGCAAUGUGCAUAUCAACAUAAUCUUCCAAUAGUUUAAGUUGUUCUGAAUCCAUUAUUAAAGAAGGAAUAGAGACUAUUAUGUAAUGAAUGCUUGGAAAAUGUAGAUAUAGAAGGAAAAGCAGUUGGAUUCAAGAAAAUAAUUCAAAUGAUUGAAGAAUAAUAAAAGUUAAAAAUAGAUCAAGUUGAAAACGUCAUCAUCAUUAACAUAAAAUAAAUUUAAUUAAUUCAAAGUCAAAUAGAUUAGUUGAAAUCAAAUAUCAUUCAAUAAUUAGAUUAAUUGAAAUUUAUUGUUCAUGAUUGGAUCAAUAAUCUCUAGUCUUUAGGAUUGAGAUAUUAAAACUACAAUUUUCAUGAAGAAUUAGAAAAUAUGAUCAAUAAUAAAAAUGAAUUGGGAUUCAAUGAAAAUUUAUUAAUGAAAAAAAUUUGUGAAGAACAUAAUAAUUGGAACUCAAAACUAACACUUAAAUUAGAAUUAGUCAACUAAUUCCCAGAAUAUAAUAACCUCAAAGAAAUCUUAUUAAAUCAUCAAUUUAUGAUUUCAAAGUUUGAUUUGAUAUAAAAUAAAAAAGAUGAAAAAUAAAUUUUACUCUUAAAAGAUGACAUUAUAUUAAAAUAAACUGAUUUCUCAGUUAAAUAAAAGAAUUGUUGUGUAAGCAUAGCUUUUAAUUCUUCUGACUCAAUCAUGGUAUCAACAAAUGAAAGUAUUAUUGAAGUAUGGAAUUUUAAUAAUGGAAGACUAGAAUUACUAUAAAGUUUGAAUUAACAUACUGGUUGGGUAAAUGCACUAAUGUUUAGUAAGAAAUAGAAUUCUUUUAUUUCUUGUUCAAGUGAUAAGACAAUAAGAAUUUGGAAAGAUUAGGGGGGAAAUGAUUGGAUUGGCUCAUUCCCAUAUGAAUAGCAUACUCAUAAAGUUCUCUGUAUGACUGUAAAUUAAAAUGAGGAUUAAGUAUUUUCUGGAAGUUAGGAUAAGACAAUAAUAGUAUGGAAAUUAGAUUUCGAUAAGAAUGAAUUGAUAUAUCAAUAUUCAUUAGAAAAGCACGAUUAUGAUAUUUAUGGAUUAAGUUUAAAUUAAUCAGAGAGAUAAUUAGUAUCAUGUGCAUAUGGUGAGGAUUAAAUAAUUAUUUGGGAGAGAGGAUUAAAUAAUAAAAUGGAAUUCAAAUAUUUUUUUAUAAUCGUUAAAGAUUAACAAUUAAAUUAUUUUAUAAAGUUUUACAUAUAUUAUUCAUUAAAUGGAAAUAAUUAUUUAAUAAUUUUUUGAUAAAUACUUCAAUUAUACACAGCCUAACAAAAAUCCAGGAUUAAAAGUAUAGUUUAUCAAGGAGAAUAAGUUUGUUUGGGUACCAAAUAGUAAAUAAGUUGACGAAAUUAUCGUAUUUGAAUUAUAAGAAGGUGUAUAUCAAGAGAAUUAGGAAAAGAAAAUUUAAAUAAAUUAAAAUAAAAUACAGAAUAUGUCCUUUUUCCAAUUGUUUAUAAUAAAUAAAGGAAUUUGAUGAUAGUAAGGCAUAAAGCUUACAUCUAUUUCAUAAGGGAAUUAAAUAAUGGAAAGUUCAAGAUAGUUGA